AUGGCGCCCAAAAAGAAGGGAGAGAAGAUGGCCUUGGGCGACUUCCUCGGCAACCAAUCUCUCGGAUCAUGGGCAGACGAAAUGGACUCAGUGCCAGUCCCAUCGGCACCAUCUGGAUACGGUGCACGCGACCGCCGCGACGACGGACCGAGCGAGCGGCGCGCAUUCAACCAGCCAGACUGGGGCAGUGCUCGCGCAGAUGCACGUGGGCCACCAAGCGGCAUGGGCGGCGGCAUGGGCGACCGAGGAGCCAGCUACGACCGACCACGAUACGAUCGCGAAGCAGUUCCUUUCCCAACGAAGCCCCCGUACACCGCACAUCUCGGCAACCUCGACUACAAUGUCACCUCCGUCGAUAUUGAGGGAUUCCUCGAAGGCUGCUCAGUCACCACUGUACGCAUUAUGGAGGACAAGAUUGACCGCAAGCCAAAGGGGUUCGGAUACGUCGAGUUUGCAAGCCCAGAGGGCUUGACCAAGGCUCUCGACAAGAGCGAGUCCAGCUUCAUGGGGCGCAACAUCAAGAUCAGCGUUGCCGAUCCACCAAAGAACGAUCGUGCCGAGUCGACCCGCGACUUCUCCGACUGGAGUCGCAGGGGUCCACUUCCAGAUCUUCCCUCCCAAGGACGUCAGCCAUCAAACCGAGGCUUCAACCGAGGAGGUGCUUUUGACGACGCCAGAUCCGAUGCCGGCAGUGAGCGUGCCGGAUCAGGUCGCAGACCGGGUUUCUUCGAGGACGAUGGCAAGGUCCGUGACUUGGGCAACUGGGAACGCAAGGGUCCACUCUCGCCUGUCCCAGGUCAGCCAGGCGGUCGUGAUGGCGGCAGGCUCCGGGAAGCAGGUCCACCAGGAGACAGGAGACCAAGCGCUGCUUGGGGCGAGGGUCGAUCCGACGCCGGCUCCAGGCCACCGCGACGAGAGUUCGAGCCACGCCCAGAGCGAGCACCAACCGCUGCCGAGCAGGACAACCAGUGGCGCACGAAGAUGAAGCCUGAUGCUUCACCCGCGCCUACCCCAGACGUAUCGUCGCCCACAUCACCAGCACAAGAGACGCCAAAGGAGCGUCCGAGGCUGAAUCUUACAAAGCGAACCGUCUCAACCGCAGAGCCUAGCUCAGCGACAACUCCAUCGGCUGAUGCCAAGGCAUCGCCAUUCGGCGCUGCACGACCCAUUGACACUGCUACCCGCGAGCGUGAAGUCGAGGAGAAGCGCCAGAUCGUGAUCCGAGAAAAGGAAGAGUCGGACAAGAAGGCAGCCGAAGAGAAGAAGGAGAAGGAUGCGGCUGCGCAUGCGGCUCGCGCUGAGCGCGCAGAUCGUGGCCAAGCCGAGGGCGAGAAGGUCACAUCACCGACUGGCGAACGUCCACCACGCAAUGACCGUCGCCCAUCGCGCCAACAGCAGCAAAAUGGCGGUGGCGCAUGGCGCAAGGAACCAGCAAAGGAGAACGGCGAAGGUCCACCACAGCCCAAGGCCAGCUUCAACGUCCUACAGACCGACGGUGCGGACGAGGCUGGCGGGCUUGACACACCGGAUGCUGAUGCGAAGGGCACCAUUAUCGGCGACAAGGAGACCAAGCCACAGGAGCCUGUGGUCGCUGCCAAUGGCGAUGCUAAAGACACGGCCGAAGCACUCGAGGACGACGGCUGGAGUACUGUUCCAGCCAAGACCAAGAACAACCGUCGUGCUGGUGGACGUGCUAUGGCCUCCUAG